UUCUUCGUUUGGGAUUCACAAUGUUUCCCUUAUUCUCAGCUUUUUCUCUUCUCUUCUUUGAUCCUGCGUUCAUGUCCUCAUAUUUUUUCUCCUCGAUCUCUUAGCCUAAGAAGAACAGGAGAAAAUUUGUUUUCCCGAUUUUUGGAAUUGUAGCAAGAGACAGAUCCAAAAGCAUUGCAGAAAAAUAUCAUAGAUGGAGAGUCCUCUAGGGUUCAUGGCGGUCUUCGCCGUCUCCGGAAGCGUGGUGCUCCUCGCGACUCAGUUUCACAAACGCCUUCUCUCUGAUUUCAUGGAGAAGAUAAAAUUCGAACUCCGAUCGCAGAAAUGCAUGGCGAUGAAGAAGGUGAGACUUGCGGCGGAUGUGGUGGGGCCGUCGGUGAACAACGAAGAGUAUCGCCGGAGACAUUCAAAGGGCAAAUUCGGCGGUAACCUCCGCAACAAGAAUGCGAUGAUCCUUGGAAACAACAACAAAGGUAUUCAUAAUCAUAAUAUGCCUCUCAACAGGCAAGUUUUGUACAAAGGAAUAAUAGAAUAUAAGACCAAUUAUCUCUGAUUUUGACCAUUCAAGAAUAUGGGCAAGCCGUCCGUACCGUCAAACUUUUCUUCUUUCCAUUUUUGUUUUUUCCCCUCUUUUUCUUUACAGUGGUAUGCUUGUAAUUUGUAAAUACUGAAAUGUUUUCCUA